AUGGAACUGAACACCUGGCCAUUCAUUAGAGCACAGCUGAGAGAACCGAAGAACAUCACGCCGGGAGUGUACAUCAUACCGGAUGAAGCGAAUUUGCUGACAUGGCACGGCGUCAUUUUUGUUCGCCGAGGCCCGUACGCCGGCGGCAUCUUUCGCUUCGACAUUCACUUCCUCCCAUCGUUUCUUUCUGGGACUGCUGUACCGGACGUCAUCUUCCCUCCUACCCUUCUGCACCCGCUCGUUGACGCAACAACAUUUCGUCUCUCGCUAUUACCUCGCUUCUCAUCAGCGUCAAACGCGACCGCAGAAGCAUGGAAUGCUUGUAGGAACAGCUCCGUUAAUCUCUUGCGCUACAUCCGCGACGCUUUUACUGUAAAAGUGCUCAACGAAGUUUCGGAGAGACAGGCUGCAAAUAAGGAUGUGUACGCCAUGUACCGCACAAACCACGAGCUGUUCCUGAAGCUGGCUUCGCAGUCAAAGCAUCUGUCGACUUCCAGCGAUGCUCUGUACGACUCGAAUUCCGGUUCGGGGUUACCGGGUCCUGGGCGGCAGGGCGCCGCUGCUCGGAGCGAGCCAGAUGCAGCUGUAACCGCAGAAGGUGUUCGCGCAGGCGGAAGUAAUGACCCUGACGAUGGCCGCGGGCCGGGUAUCUCUUUCAAGGCGCUAGGCGAAGAGGAGUACGAACGUAUUAAGACUGCUGUUUUGGGUGUUUCAUGA